AUGGGGCAGUCGAGGAGUCUGGAGGUGGAGCUGCCGAUAUCUCUCAAAGGUGGAGAUAGCUUUCCCCAGAUUCUCUUUCAUGACCCGGAUGCAGGGACCGAGCCGCGACAGUGUGAGGCCUGCCAUCGCAUGGCCGAGCCCAGUGGCGGUCAGAAAGAUUUGGAUGGUUGCUGGAGCUGCCGAAAGUGCGUGACACGACAGGAGUUGCUGGGAUGGCGCCCGCGGGCAGCAAGCGGCCCCCAGGAGGUAACAGACUGCCUUACGGUGGCCUCGGCACAGCUGGCGUUGGCCUUGCUCGUGGGGCGGCGGAGCCAUCUAAGCCGCCGGGCAGCUUUUCCGAAUGGCUGGUACGGGCUGCAUGUUGCGAAGGGGGCAGAUGAACAGCUGGCAGACUGGCCUACUGUGCCGGCAGAGCAGGAUUUGCCGCACCAGGCAGUGGUGGGUCUGCUCGAGGUGUGUGCGGAGGGAAGCGACUGGCCACGCAAGUACCGCAUCAUCAAGACUAUGGCUCUCAAGGACUCGCUGCCCGGCCGCUCCCCGGGCAUGCCGCAGGCGCCGUGGCGCCUGAGCCCCGCUUUGCGGCGCCGUGCGCUGGAGCUGCAAACCGCCAAAGUCUUUGAGCGCUUCGGCACGCGAACGUGGAUGGACGCCUUGGAGCUGGAGCACCUGGGGCGAGUCAUGGCCCGCCAGAGCACCCUCGGCCGAGCCCUGCUGCUGCUGGGCGCUUGUGCCCUGCUGAAGUGCGAAGCUGAGACGGCGCGCAUUGCUCUUGCAGUUUGGUCCCUCUUCGCCGGCUCCGAGACCUUCGUGGGCCAGAGGACCACAGGACCUCAGUGCCGCAUUACUGUGGCACGAAGGGCUGCGGAGGGUGACUCCCUGCCAUCCGUCGACCUGGACGAGGGCAAGCCUGGAGAGACUGUGAACGUGGCAGAGCUGUUCAAAGGCAAGAAGGGCGUGCUCUUUGCAGUGCCUGGAGCCUUCACGCCCACGUGCUCCGAGAAGCACCUGCCGGGCUACAUCGAUCAGGCGGAUGAGCUGAAGGCCGCUGGCGCCGAGGUGGUGGCAUGCGUCUCCGUUAACGAUGCCUUCGUGAUGAGCGCUUGGGGCAAGCAGCAGAAGGCUGAGGGCAAGGUGCGGAUGCUGGCAGAUGCCAAGUGCGAGCUUACCAAGGCCCUGGACAUGGAGCUGGACGCCAGCGCCAAGCUGGGCAACAUCAGGUCUGAGCGAUAUGCCUUGAUCAUCGAUGACGGAAAGAUCACCAAGAUCACCAAGGGGGAGGACUCGUUUGCACCGGAAAUUUUGGCAGCUCUCAAGUAG